AUGUUGGUCGACUUCAUUCCCUCUGCUAUUCCAGAGAAAAUGCAAGAUGAUAGGAUCUAUCAAAAAGUUUCUAAGACACCUCUUCAACAAAAGCACUUACCGGCUUUUGUGCAACAGUUAGUGUUAACCAGACAAGUCUUCCAAUCUGGUAACCCUAGAGAGACGGUAACGUGUACGGAAGAGAACCUUUUGCUAUUUAUGACAAUAGGAUCUGUUCUCGCCGGUGUUCUACUUGGAUUUGUUAUCCGUCCGUAUGACCUUCCAGCUAAGACGAUCAUGCUGGUGAGCUUCCCUGGAGAGUUGUUGAUGAGGAUGUUAAAGAUGAUUAUUCUACCGCUUAUUAUUAGUUCUCUAAUCGCAGGUCUUGCACAACUAGGCGCAAAACAAUCUGGAAAAAUAGGAUCAUUGGCGGUCACCUACUAUUUCACGACUACGAUUAUUGCCGUAAUUACCGGAAUCGUACUAGUGCUCUCCAUUCAUCCGGGUAACCCCGAAAUUAAGGAGGACCUCGGUGAAGGUACGGAGGGAAGGACGGUCAGCACGGUGGACACGUUGCUCGAUUUGUUAAGAAACGCAUUUCCGGAAAACAUUGUGGUGGCCACAUUUAAACAAGCCCAGACAAAGUACGUCACCGUUCGCCCGAAGCUUCUGAAAAUAAACAACAGUAUCAGCCUAAAGAUGCUUCACAAUGGGAGUUUUGACUACGUGAAGCAUGUGCUGGAAUACAAAGACGGCAUCAAUGUGCUCGCAUUGGGGAUUGCGCUAUCACAGCUUGGUUCCGAGGCUUUUGUGCUGACACAAUUCUUUGUCGCCUUGGACAAGGUGGUCAUGAAGCUGAUAAUGGUUAUCAUAUGGUAUUCUCCUUUGGGAAUUUUAUGCUUGAUCAUGGGAAAAAUCCUUGAGAUCCAGGAUCUAGCCGAAAUUGCAAGAAUGCUGGGUUUGUAUAUGUUCACGGUUCUGGCUGGAUUAGCAAUACACCUGCUUAUUUCUCUUCCGUUAAUAUUCUUCGUCACCACGAAUACUAAUCCGUACAUCUAUAUGCGUGGACUUCUUCAAGCGUUGAUAACAGCGUUAGGAACCUCUUCCAGUUUCAAUCCGCUCUACACACUCAUCAUCGCUCCUCAAAAACCGAAAAGAAGAAAGCAAAUAGGCUGCUUUGUGAUAAAGACCGUCCCAAAAGAUGGAACUGCGUUAUACGAGGCGGUUGCGACUAUUUUUAUCGCUCAGAUGAAUGGCGUUGAUUUGUCGUUUGCACAAGUGAUAACUGUUAGUUUUACUGCCACCCUUGCAUCUAUCGGUGCAGCAGGAGUGCCGUCAGCCGGUUUGGUGACAAUGUUAUUGGUGUUGACAUCAGUUGGACUUCCAGUCAGCGAUGUAUCGUUGAUUAUCGCUGUUGACUGGAUGCUUGAUCGAGCUCGAACGUCGGUCAAUGUGCUCGGAGAUGCGAUCGGUGCCGGCAUUGUUUAUCACUAUGUGAAGGAGGAUCUCGAACACCUCGAUCUCCUUGAUUCAUCACACUCUCCAUCGGAUGGCAAGUUACCCACGAUUGAUUUCGAUGUUUUCAACGAAUUCAAGACUAAAAAAAUUUAA